GCUCGGCUGCCUCGGUGUUUGCUGUCAGUCGGGGAGAAGCGGAGCGAUGUGAGGCGUCUGACAGCGGGACUGAAAAGACAGACUGGGUUUAAAAUCAGACCGGACCCCUCUGGAAUGAGGUCUGGUGAUAAGAACCAGACAGGAGCAAUAGCAAAAAUCAUGGUGACCAAAAAAAUCCGGACAGAGUAUAUGAAGAAAUUCAGGGAUCCAAAAUGGGAGACGUUUUCCAAAUGUUACGAGGACUCUGUGAAGUACCGUCUGACCCGGCGGGUGAUGGAGCACUCCCACAAGCCCUGGUUCUGGGAGGGCUGGGACAGCGGCUCUGACUCCAGCGGCUGGUCCACGCCGAGGCUGACCAGGAACAAAAUUGCUCCUCUGUCGCUGCCGCCGCCACCGCCAUCCUUGGAGGUGAAACAGAUGUCCAGCCCCGGGCCGAUACCACCUCCAGAGGACGGAGAGGCUGAGGUGGGAGGUGGAGAAGCAGCAGUCGUAGACACUGCACCGACUUCAGCAGUUAUAGAAAACUGUGUGAACGAAGCCAGCUGUGGUUCGGUGGCUCCAAACACCAGUGGACCCUCAGAGGACACGGCGACAGACAAUGGUCCUGCUGACACAACGUCCUCGGAGGGAGAGCCAGUAAACUCCGCACCGAAACGACGACACCGCCGCCGCACCCCUCGGUCUGAGCCAGAACACCGGGACAGUUCCCACGACGACAAACCGGCUGUCGUCCGCAAACCGCCGAGAGCUAAGAGCCAACCGCCGAUCAGCACCAAGGAGAACCGGAGAUCGUCCAGCCGACUGGACUGGACCGAGAGACAGACGGAGGUCAGGAGGACACCCAAUGAUUGCAACACGUCCGACGCCUGUGUUCAGACCCGGCGGCAGUCCGAAAAACGCAGCUCCAACCUGGACCGUCGACGGGCUCGGUCGGCUGACCUGGAGAAGAUGAGUCGGUCGCAGCUGACGGUGGCGGACGAUCGCUGGAUGACUGAGUACAUGCGCUGCUUCUCCGCCCGGCUGAGGUAGAGACAGGACUCCCCCACCCCGACCCCUGAAAAACCACAUUUCCUUAUCUGAGAGCAAAUAUCAGAUGGUGGAACAGGUGUCGGCUGACAAACUGACAACGAGGUUGUGUCGUUACAGUCCAUGAACGUGCUUUUGAGAGUGAAUCACUGCUGUCGAGGAAAGAAAAAUACCUAAAACUCUGUUGACUCUUAAGUUUAGAUGGUUAAAUAUUUGUAGACUUUGUGAUUUAAAUCUAAAGAUAUUCAGCAAACAUUUAACAAGAUGGGGUCCAUGGAUUAGGGUUCAGAAAUGAAAUGAAUCAGAUUAAAAUAUGAACUACAGCUCACAUCUGACCAUCAUUACACACUCAGACAAAAUCUUUGCUUAAUAGAUAGUCAAAAUGUCUCCUGACAGUAUUUUACUGUAGAAAUAUCUUUAAAGGGGACCUUUUAUGCUCAUUUCUGGGUUCAUACUUGUAUUUUGAAUUUCUACUGGAACAUGUUUACAUGCUUAAAUAGACAAAAACACUUUAUAUGGCAUUCAAUUUAAAAAAAAGGCAGUGGGGUGCGCCCCGUGUUUUACAGGUUGUGUUUCUGUAUGAUCUGGGCCUUAGUGUGUUAGGGCUGAUUAGUCGACUAAUCGAUGACUAAUCGACUAUU